AUGCGGCGGCAUGUCUGACAAAAUGUCCAGCUUCCUCUCCAUCGGGGACAUCGUGUCCCUCUACGCCGAGGGCUCCGUCAGCGGCUUCAUCAGCACCUUGGGAUUAGUGGAUGAUAGAUGUGUGGUGAACCCAGAGGCUGGGGACUUAGCCAACCCUCCCAAGAAAUUCAGAGACUGCCUUUUCAAGGUGUGCCCGAUGAACAGAUACUCUGCCCAGAAGCAGUACUGGAAAGCCAAGCAAGCCAAGCAAGGCAACCACACCGAAGCCGCCCUCUUGAAGAAGCUGCAGCAUGCUGCUGAGUUAGAGCAGAAACAAAACGAAUCUGAGAACAAGAAGCUGUUGGGAGAAAUUGUGAAAUACAGUAAUGUGAUUCAACUGCUCCAUAUCAAGAGCAACAAAUACCUGACGGUGAACAAGCGGCUGCCCGCGCUGCUGGAGAAGAACGCCAUGCGGGUGUCGUUGGAUGCGACGGGCAACGAAGGGUCCUGGUUCUACAUCCACCCCUUCUGGAAGCUGAGGAGCGAGGGGGACAACAUCGUCGUCGGGGAUAAAGUUGUGCUGAUGCCCGUGAACGCCGGACAGCCCCUCCACGCCAGCAGCAUUGAGCUCCUCGACAACCCAGGAUGCAAGGAAGUGAAUGCAGUUAAUUGCAACACCAGCUGGAAGAUCACUUUAUUUAUGAAAUUCAGCUCGUAUCGGGAUGACGUCUUGAAAGGAGGCGACGUGGUCAGACUGUUCCAUGCGGAGCAGGAGAAGUUCCUGACUUGUGACGAAUAUGAGAAAAAGCAACACAUUUUCCUCCGGACCACCCUGCGCCAAUCAGCAACUUCCGCCACGAGUUCUAAAGCACUGUGGGAAAUAGAGGUUGUUCAUCAUGACCCGUGCCGAGGGGGUGCCGGGCAAUGGAACAGCUUGUUCAGAUUUAAACAUCUCGCCACAGGGAGCUACCUAGCGGCCGAGCUGAAUCCUGAUUAUCAAGAUGCCCAAAAUGAAGGGAAAAACGUGAGAGACGGAGACCUCCCAGCCCCCAAGAAGAGACGCCAGGCCGGGGAGAAGAUCAUGUACACACUCGUGUCCGUGCCCCACGGCAGCGACAUCGCCUCGCUCUUCGAGCUGGACGCCACCACGUUGCAGAGGGCCGACUGCCUCGUGCCCAGGAACUCGUACGUUCGGCUAAGGCAUUUGUGUACCAACACGUGGGUGACAAGCACUGGCAUUCCCAUCGAUGCAGACGAAGAGCGGCCGGUCAUGUUGAAGAUCGGAACCUGUCAAACCAAAGAAGAUAAAGAGGCCUUCGCCAUUGUGUCGGUCCCGCUGUCGGAGGUCCGAGACUUAGACUUCGCCAAUGAUGCCAAUAAAGUGUUGGCAACCACGGUGAAGAAACUGGAAAAUGGCACAAUAACUCAGAACGAGAGGAGAUUUGUCACCAAAUUGUUGGAGGACCUCAUCUUCUUUGUGGCUGACGUACCAAACAACGGCCAGGAUGUUCUGGAUGUGAUUGUCACCAAGCCGAACCGGGAGCGCCAGAAACUCAUGAGGGAGCAGAACAUAUUGGCCCAGGUGUUCGGGAUUCUCAAAGCCCCGUUCAAGGAGAAGGCAGGGGAAGGCCCCAUGCUGAGGCUCGAGGACUUGGGGGACCAGCGGUACGCCCCCUACAAAUACGUGCUGCGGCUCUGCUACCGCGUGCUGCGGCACUCCCAGCAGGACUACAGGAAGAACCAGGAAUACAUUGCUAAGAACUUCUGCGUCAUGCAGUCCCAGAUCGGCUAUGAUAUUCUGGCAGAAGACACAAUCACGGCUCUGUUGCACAACAACAGGAAACUCCUCGAGAAACACAUCACGGCGAAGGAAAUCGAAACGUUUGUCAGCCUGCUCCGACGCAAUCGGGAGCCCAGGUUUCUGGAUUAUUUGUCGGACCUGUGUGUGUCUAACACCACGGCCAUCCCCAUCACGCAAGAACUCAUCUGUAAAUUCAUGCUGACUCCUGGAAACGCCGACAUUCUCAUUCAAACCAAGCUCGUCUCCAUGCAAGGGGACAACCCUCUGGAGAGCGCCAUUCUUCCCGACGACAUGGAGGAUGAAGAGGUUUGGCUCUACUGGAUCGACAGCAACAGAGAGCCGCACGGCAAGGCCAUUCGCCACCUGGCACAGGAGGCCAAGGAGGGCACCAAAGCCGACCUGGAAGUCCUGACCUACUACAGGUAUCAGCUCAACCUGUUUGCCAGGAUGUGCCUGGACCGCCAGUACCUGGCCAUCAACCAGAUCUCCACGCAGCUGUCGGUGGACCUGAUCCUGCGCUGCGUGUCGGACGAGGGGCUGCCCUUCGACCUGCGCGCCUCCUUCUGCCGCCUCAUGCUGCACAUGCACGUGGACCGGGACCCGCAGGAGUCGGUGGUGCCUGUGCGCUAUGCCCGCCUCUGGACCGAAAUCCCCACCAAGAUCUCCAUCCACGAGUACGAUUCCAUCACAGACUCUUCCAGAAACGAUAUGAAGAGGAAAUUUGCCCUGACGAUGGAAUUUGUUGAAGAAUACUUGAAAGAAGUGGUCAGCCAGGCUUUCCCAUUUGGGGAUAAGGAGAAAAACAAACUCACAUUUGAGGUGGUUCAUUUGGCCCGGAACCUGAUCUAUUUUGGAUUUUAUAGCUUUAGUGAGUUGUUGAGGCUCACGAGAACGCUCUUGGCCAUUCUGGACAUUGUGCAGGUCCCCAUAUCAUCUUAUCUGGAAAGAUUAAGCAAAUUCCAAGAUGGAGGAAACAACGUCAUGCGAACCAUCCACGGCGUGGGGGAGAUGAUGACCCAGAUGGUGCUGAGCAGGGGCUCCAUCUUCCCCACCAGCGCGCCCGACGUGCAGCCUCACCUGCUGCCCGGCAAGCAGAUGGGCCCCGCGGAGCCGGAGGAUGUGACAGUCAUGGAUACCAAGCUGAAGAUCAUCGAGAUCCUGCAGUUCAUCCUGAGUGUGCGAUUGGACUACAGGAUCUCCUACAUGCUGUCCAUUUACAAGAAGGAGUUCGGCGAGAACAAUGCGGAAGCCCCCGCCAAUAGCUCUCCACACACUUUAUUGUCUUCAGCUAUUGUUCCUGAUAUUGAUGAAAUUGCAGCCCAGGCUGAAACGAUGUUUGCCGGCAGGAAGGAGAAGAAUCCGGUCCAGCUUGACGACGAAGGAGGGAGGACGUUUCUGCGGGUUCUCAUUCACCUCGUUAUGCACGAUUACCCCCCGCUGCUCUCCGGGGCUCUGCAGCUCCUCUUCAAGCAUUUCAGUCAGAGAGCGGAGGUUUUACAGGCGUUUAAGCAGGUGCAGCUUCUGGUGUCCAAUCAGGACGUGGAUAACUACAAGCAGAUCAAGGCGGACCUGGACCAGCUGCGGCUGACGGUGGAGAAGUCGGAGCUGUGGGUGGAGAAGUGCGGCGGUUACGAGAACGGCGAAGGCAACGAAGCCCCGGGCAAGGGGGGUGAGGAGCUGAGCGAGGAAUCCAACAUUCUUAGUCCUGUGCAAGAUGGAUUGAAGGUGCCACAGAUCGACAGCAACAAAAGCAAUAACUACCGGAUUGUCAAAGAGAUUUUGAUCAGGCUGAGCAAACUCUGUGUACAGAAUAAAAAAUGUCGCAAUCAGCACCAACGGCUCCUGAAGAACAUGGGCGCCCAUUCGGUGGUGUUGGAUCUUCUGCAGAUCCCUUAUGAAAAGAACGAUGAGAAAAUGACGGAAGUGAUGAAUCUGGCCCACACGUUCCUGCAGAAUUUCUGCCGGGGAAACCCGCAGAAUCAAGCUCUUCUUCACAAACAUCUGAAUUUGUUUUUAACUCCGGGCCUUCUGGAAGCGGAGACCAUGCGGCACAUCUUCAUGAACAAUUACCACCUGUGCAACGACAUCAGCGAGAGGGUGGUGCAGCACUUCGUGCGCUCCAUCGAGACCCACGGCCGCCACGUGCAGUACCUGAGGUUCCUGCAGACCAUCGUCAAAGCCGACGGGAAGUACGUGAAGAAGUGCCAGGACAUGGUCAUGACAGAGCUGAUCAACGGCGGGGAGGACGUGCUGAUAUUCUACAACGACCGAGCGUCCUUCCCGAUCCUCCUGCAGAUGAUGUGCUCGGAGCGGGCCCGCGGGGACGAGGGCGGGCCGCUGGCCUACCACGUCACGCUGGUGGAGCUGCUGGCCGCCUGCACCGAGGGCAAGAACGUCUACACGGAGAUCAAGUGCAACUCGCUGCUGCCGCUGGACGACAUCGUGCGGGUGGUCACGCACGACGACUGCAUCCCGGAGGUUAAGAUCGCGUAUGUGAAUUUUGUGAAUCACUGCUACGUCGACACAGAGGUGGAAAUGAAGGAGAUCUACACGAGUAACCACAUCUGGAGACUCUUUGAGAACUUCCUGGUGGAUAUGGCCCGGGUUUGCAACACAACCACCGACAGGAAGCACGCGGACCUCUUCCUGGAGAAGUGCGUCACCGAGUCGGUCAUGAACAUCGUGAGCGGCUUCUUCAGCUCCCCCUUUUCCGACAACAGCACCAGCCUCCAGACACAUCAGCCGGUGUUUAUUCAGCUGCUCCAAUCAGCCUUCAGAAUUUACAACUGCACGUGGCCCAGCCCGGCGCAGAAGGCUUCAGUGGAGUCCUGCAUCCGGACCCUGGCGGAAGUGGCCAAGAACCGAGGAAUUGCCAUCCCUGUGGAUCUAGACAGCCAAGUAAACACUCUGUUCAUGAAGAGCCAUUCCAACAUGGUGCAGAGAGCUGCCAUUGGCUGGCGUCUGUCCGCCCGCUCCGGACCCCGCUUCAAGGAGGCUCUCGGAGGGCCUGCGUGGGAUUACAGAAAUAUUAUUGAAAAGCUACAGGACGUGGUGGGCUCGCUGGAGCAGCAGCUGGCCCCCAUGAUGCAGGCCGAGUUCUCCGUGCUGGUGGACGUGCUGUACAGCCCCGAGCGGCUCUUCCCGGAGGGGAGCGACGCCCGGAUUCGCUGCGGGGCCUUCAUGUCCAAGUUGAUCAAUCAUACAAAGAAACUAAUGGAGAAAGAAGAGAAACUGUGUAUUAAAAUUCUUCAGACCUUACGAGAAAUGCUGGAGAAGAAAGACAGCUUUAUGGAGGAGGGCAGCACAUUAAGAAAAAUACUCCUGAAUCGCUACUUUAAAGGAGAUUACGGAGUUGGCGGGAGUGGGCCCCUGUCCGGGAGCUACACGAAGACCCCACAAGUGGGAGGAAGCUUUUCUGGACCAGAGUCCAAUAAGAUGGGCAUCUUGAUGUCUGAUAUUCAGUGUCUGCUGGAUAAAGAAGGCGCGUCGGAACUGGUCAUUGACGUGAUUGUGAACACAAAAAAUGAUCGCAUUUUCUCUGAAGGAAUUCUUCUGGGCAUUGCUUUGCUUGAAGGAGGAAAUACACAAACACAGUAUUCUUUCUACCAGCAGUUGCACGAGCAGAAGAAGUCAGAGAAGUUCUUCAAAGUGCUCUACGACCGGAUGAAGGCUGCCCAGAAAGAGAUCCGAUCCACGGUGACCGUGAAUACCGUCGAUUUGGGGAGCAAGAAGAGGGACGAAGGGCACGACCUGCUGACCACCGGAGCCCGGAUGAGAGUAAGAGACCCAGGGCUCCAUUUGAAAGAGGGAAUGAAAGGACAGUUAAGCGAGGCCUCGUCCGCCACCUCCAAAGCCUACUGCGUGUACCGGAGAGAAAUGGAGCCGGAGAUGGACCUCCUGUGCACGGGGCCCGAGCCGGGCCACGGGGAGGAGAAGUCCACGGAUGAGAUCCCCAUGAGCCCCACCGUGGCCAUCAUGCAGCCCAUCCUGAGGUUCCUGCAGCUGCUGUGCGAGAACCACAACCGCGAGCUGCAGAACUUCUUGAGGAAUCAGAGGAACAAGACCAAUUACAACCUUGUGUGCGAGACACUGCAGUUUCUGGACUGCAUUUGCGGGAGCACCACGGGCGGCCUGGGCCUUUUGGGGCUCUACAUCAACGAGAAGAACGUGGCCCUGGUCAACCAGACCCUGGAGAGCCUGACUGAGUACUGCCAGGGCCCGUGCCACGAGAACCAGACUUGUAUUGCUACUCACGAAUCUAAUGGCAUCGAUAUUAUCAUUGCUUUGAUCCUGAAUGACAUCAACCCUUUGGGUAAACAUCGGAUGGACUUAGUGCUCCAGCUCAAGAACAACGCCUCCAAACUUUUGCUGGCCAUUAUGGAAAGCAGGCACGACAGCGAGAACGCGGAGAGAAUUCUUUUCAACAUGAGACCGCGGGAACUGGUGGACGUGAUGAAGAACGCCUAUAACCAGGGCGUGGACUGCGAGCGAGCGGGGGAGGAGGAGGGCCGCGGCGACGAGGGCGUCUCCCCGAGAGACGUCGGCCACAACAUCUACAUUCUGGCCCACCAGUUGGCUCGCCACAAUAAACUGCUACAACACAUGCUGAGACCAGGAUCUGAUCCUGACGAAGGAGACGAAGCCCUGACGCAUUACGCGAACCACACGGCACAGAUCGAGAUUGUUCGGCACGACAGGACCAUGGAGCAGAUCGUAUUUCCUGUCCCUGGCAUCUGUGAGUUCCUCACGCGAGAAUCCAAGUGCCGCGUGUUCAACACGACGGAGAGGGACGAGCAAGGGAGCAAGGUGAACGACUUUUUCCAGCAGACGGAAGAUCUCUACAAUGAGAUGAAGUGGCAGAAGAAAAUCAGGAGCAACCCCACGCUCUUCUGGUUCUCGAGGCACAUCUCCCUGUGGGGCAGCAUCUCCUUCAACCUGGCCGUGUUCAUCAACCUCGCCGUCGCCCUGUUCUACCCGUUUGGAGAUGAUGGCGACGAAGGCACACUGUCGCCGUUGUUCUCGGCCCUCCUUUGGGUCGCCGUUGCGGUCUGCACCUCGAUGCUGUUCUUCCUCUCCAAGCCCGUGGGGCUCCGGCCGUUCCUCGUGUCCAUCAUGCUCAGAUCCAUCUACACCAUCGGCCUGGGUCCCACGCUGAUCCUCCUCGGAGCCGCCAACCUUUGCAACAAGAUCGUCUUCCUGGUGAGCUUCGUGGGGAACCGCGGCACGUUCACGCGCGGGUACCGGGCGGUGGUUCUGGACAUGGCCUUCCUCUACCACGUGGCCUACGUGCUGGUCUGCAUGCUGGGCCUCUUCGUGCACGAGUUCUUCUACAGCUUCCUGCUCUUUGACCUGGUGUACCGAGAAGAGACGCUGCUCAACGUCAUCAAAAGCGUCACCCGGAACGGGCGCUCUAUCAUCCUGACGGCCGUCCUGGCCCUCAUCCUGGUCUACCUCUUCUCCAUCAUCGGCUUCCUCUUCCUCAAGGACGACUUCACCAUGGAGGUGGACAGACUGAGGAACAGAACCCCUGCCGCAGGGAAUGAGGACCUUCCCACGAUGACCUUGCCUUCCACGUUGGGGACCUGUGACAGGGAGAACUGUUCGCCCGCAAUCCCAGCGUCCAGUGCAGCAGCGGGCGAGGAGCACGAAGACCGCAUCGAGAGGGCGUGUGACACACUGCUCAUGUGCAUCGUCACCGUGCUGAACCAGGGACUCCGGAAUGGCGGGGGCGUCGGGGACGUGCUAAGAAGGCCGUCCAAGGAUGAGCCUCUGUUUGCUGCCCGAGUGGUGUACGACCUCCUCUUCUUCUUCAUCGUCAUCAUCAUCGUGCUGAACUUGAUUUUCGGUGUCAUCAUCGACACCUUCGCCGAUCUCAGGAGCGAAAAGCAGAAGAAGGAGGAAAUCCUCAAGACCACCUGCUUCAUCUGCGGCCUGGAGAGGGACAAGUUUGAUAAUAAGACCGUGUCCUUCGAGGAGCACAUUAAAUCAGAGCAUAACAUGUGGCAUUACCUGUACUUCGUGGUGUUGGUGAAAGUGAAGGACCCCACCGAAUACACCGGCCCCGAGAGCUACGUGGCCCAGAUGAUUGUGGAGAAGAACCUGGACUGGUUUCCCCGGAUGCGCGCCAUGUCCCUGGUGAGCACCGAGGGCGACGGGGAGCAGAACGAGAUCCGGAGCCUGCAGGAGAAGCUGGAGGCCACCAUGGCGCUGGCCAGGCAGCUGUCCGGGCAGCUGGCGGAGCUCAAGGAGCAGAUGACCGAACAGAGGAAGAACAAGCAGCGGCUGGGCUUCCUGGGCUCCAGCACCCCCCACGUGAACCACCACGCGCCCCCUCACUGAGGCAGGGCCCCCCCCCCCCCCCCCGGCCUGGCCUCCCGCCGGUGCCCCUUCUCCUCCCU